AUGGACCUUGUGCCCCAAUUCAAUGAGCUCCUCGUCAAACACAACAGCAAGCCCAUUGAACUCUAUGUAUUCAAGCUGCGCAAUGUCGACGCCUUCCUUCAGGAGGCAUAUACCAUAAACAAACGCAUAUCAGAGCUCACAACCUAUCUCCGCUCCAUACGCCAAGCCUACCUCUCUGUUCAGCCUCCAUCCCGCCGCAAACAAGUCUUAAGCACUCAGAGCAAUGAUGCAGACCGACGGCACCUCACCGACGCCCAACGCGCCUCCAUAGACGCCGACGCAAAGCAACUGCUCCGCGAGCUCAACACCGCCGUUAGCAAUCUCUCCGAGGCCGAAUCUGUGCGUCAAUCCACAGACUCUGCGGUCGCAAUCAAGAAGCGUGCUCGACAAGGUCUCGGAGCACUGGGACGAUGGGCGGCGGGAGGGGCCGUUACCGCGAAGAGUCCUGCGGAGCUCGAGAUCGAGGCGAAAGCCAACACGAUAAAGAUGCAUCGCGAGAGUGUGAUUUGGUAUCUUCAAAGAAAACUGGAGGCGUGUGGGCGGUUGCAGGGCGAGAUGAUGGACAUUCGCAUCACACGGGAGGUGGAGAAGAGCAAAAGCGCUUUGUACAAGGCACGGGGCGGUAUGGCCAUGCAGGAAGACACUUCUCCCAUCAAUGGCUUCGGAGAGACGAAGGAAUAUAGCACCAAUUAUCUUGCCUCGAAAGCUGCGCUGGAUGAUGACCAGCGGCAAGAGCUCGAGCAACAGUUAAGUCCAGAGCAACUGCAGCUAUUCGCACAAGAAAACCAAGACAUGCUGAAGCACUAUGAGGAUACAUUAGACCAAGUCAGAACCGCCGAGAAGUCCCUCCUCGAAAUAUCCGAACUGCAAAGCACACUCGUCGGCAACCUCGCCAUGCAACAAGAGCACAUCGACCUCCUCAUCCAAGACUCCCACCAAACAGAAGAAAACAUAGGUGGCGGCAACAAAGAGCUGAAGCGAGCAGCGGAAAGGAAAAGCACAGCGCAGAUGGUAUUCUAUGGGACCAUGGCAUUCUGCGCCACACUUGUCGUAUGGGAUCUCCUGAUAUGA